AUGCGCUCCCAGAACCCCAAUCCCGAGCAGCCAACUCGAGUGGCAAUCGUGACAGGCGCCACGUCUGGCGUCGGCGUCGACAUUGCCCGAGACCUCUACCAACGAGGAUGGAAGGUCGCUUGCGUCGGUCGUAAUAAGGCAGCUGGUCAGGCCGUGGUGGAUUCCUUGGGAGACCGGGCACAAUUCUUUCGGGCCGACGUCAGCGACUACAAAAGCCAGGCCACUCUGUUCAAGGAUGUGUUUAAGCUCUGGGGACGAAUUGAUGCACUAUGCGCGAACGCGGGUGUUGUUGACCAGACCUCGGCCUAUCUUCUCCGGGAGCGCGAGAACAGCAUUGAAGAUAUUCCCAAAGAGCCAGACACGUCUUGCACCGAUGUCAACUACAAGGGGGUUGUCUACGGGGUUACCUUGGCGACUCACUUCAUGCGACAUAACAGCCCACAUCCUGGUGGGAAGAUCGUUGUGACCAGCAGUAUCGGGGGCAUGUUCCCCCAUCCCACCUAUCCUCAAUACUGUGGAUCCAAAGCGGCCAUCAAUAUGUUUGUGCGGGAUGUUGCGCCGAUUCUUAAGGCCAAGGACAACAUCUUCAUCAAUUGCAUCCUCCCGGGAAUGAUGGACACACCUAUUGUGCCCCCUGAAAUGACUGCGGCAGUGUCGCCUGAAUGCUUAACCCCCGUGAAAACCCUACUUGAUGCAUAUCAAAUCUUCCUGGAAGACACCACUGGCAUAGCCGGCGAACUGCUGGAAUGCUCAGCGGGAAAGCAUAUCUUUUACCCAUCCCCAGAAUACGGCAACGGUCAUGUCACCAAGCGUGCGGUCACGGUCUGGGAGCCACUCUUCAAUAUAAUGCACGGCGAGAACUCGGGCCUUCCUGACGCGAUACCCUGA